AUGCCCCGCUUCUCGGUGCCCGCAGCGCCAAAGUGCGCAAAGUGCGCACAGUCCGUCUACCACGUCGAGCAGGUCAUCGGGCCAAUGGCAAAGACCUACCACAAGCACUGCCUCACCUGCACCGUAUGCGCAAAGCGCCUCGACUCGACCCUCCUCGUAGAGCACGACGGAGAGCCCUUUUGCAAAAACUGCCACAAGGAGCACCUCGGCACCGGAAAGGGCGGCUUCACCACCGCAGUCAAACUCAAUCCCGUAUCGCCAAAGGCCCAAUCCGCCUCGUCGCCCCGCGCACUCUCCUCGCCCCGCACCCUCGCGUCUCCCACGCCAUCCUCAUCCUCGCCGGCAACCAACGCAUUCCCACGCUCUCCCAGCCCAACAAAGCCACAACCGAGCGCAGCCUUCCCCCACGGCCUCGAGGACCAAGGCGUCACCGGCAUCUCGAUCCGACCGCGCGGACAACCUACCAGCCCGACCACCACCACCGCCGCCGCCACCGCCCGACCCUCUUCGCCAUCCAAGGUCUCCUCACGACCCUACGUCGCCUCGCGAGCGACCCCCAGCACUCCCAUCCGCUCCAUUGACGAUGCCGUCUCAUCCACCCACCCGCACAUCCGCGACCCCGUCUCGAACCUCGUCGACAGCGUCGGCGGCCUCGGCCUCCAAACCAUCGGCAACGACACCGAAGACCACGAGACCGACGACGAGCCGCGCAAGCUACCUUCGGCCAGCUACUAUGCCACCCCACCCCCUCGCGCGGGGCACAGCUUCGACUCGACCUCUUCCACCGCCACCCCAUCGCGAACAUCCUUCGCCUCGCCCGCAGCCACCUCCACCACUUCCACGCUCGCAUCCCCCGCGGCCGACGCCUACGACCCGCCCGUCACCAUCACGACGCGCCGCAUCUCGGCCGCCGACACCAUCGGCUCCGUCCGCUUGGCCGGCAACGCCCACGUCACCUCCCACCACUCGCCAAAGGUCAACGCCAUCUCGCCCGCAGAGGCGCUCGGCACCCUCCCGCCCCCACGCCGUCCCGAUCCAAAGACGCUCAACGGCGCCGCGGGGAUUGCAAAGGUUGCGCCACCCAGGAUGACCAUCAACCCCAACACGACGACCAGCCCGGAUCGGCUAGGGGGCCCCAGCGGUGCACGAGGGCUGCCGAGCGAAGGGUCCGACUCUUCGCUCAACGGGCGGGCUGCCAAGGGCGGCAUCGAGCGGCUGGGCCUCGGCUCCAUCAUCUCGGAUGCGGGAGGAGGCACGCCUCUCUGCGCACGCUGCCAGAAGCCAGUCUACUUUGCGGAGCAAAAGGCGGCGGCGGGGCGAAAGUGGCACCGCGCGUGCCUGCGCUGCGACGGCUGCUCGACGACGCUCGACACGGGCAAGCUGGAAGAGGGGCCCGUGGAUCGCACCUACAAGGGCGGCGCAAACAUCUGGUGCCGCGUCUGCUACGCCAAGUAUUUUGGACCCAAGAACCUGGCCGUUGGCUUCUCGUUGCCCGACACGCUGCCGCCGUGA